CUUCAGUGGUUUUUGCUGCACUGACACAGCCGGCUGGUUGGCUCAUCGCUCCCUUCAGACAACUCACACCUGCUGUAUUUAUUACUCAGUAAGAUUCCCGGUAUAAUGUCGGAUUUCGAGGAAUUUGAGAAACAGCUGAGCGAGAAUCGACAAGAGAGAGAAAGAGAAAGACACAAGAAGAGGAGUCGCAGUGGAUCCCCCGGCCGAGGCGACAAGCAUCGCAGCUGGAGCAAAGACCGAGGGAGCCGCAGCCGAGAGAAGCGAAGCCGCAGCCGAGACCGGAAGAGCCGGGACCGCCGGAGCGCCUCCCGGGACCACAAGAAGCACAGCCACUCUCCGAGGCGAACGAGGAAGAAAAGGACCUGCAAAUAUUGGGAUGUGCCCCCUCCUGGCUUUGAACACAUCACACCAAUGCAAUAUAAAGCUAUGCAAGCGGCUGGGCAGAUCCCAACAAUAGCUCUGCUGGCGACGUCGACCACCACUGGAGUGGCUGCAGCGCCAACACAAGUGCCCAUAGUUGGCAGUCAGAUGACAAGACAAGCCAGACGUCUCUAUGUUGGAAAUAUUCCCUUUGGAGUGACGGAGGAGUCCAUGGCGGAGUUCUUCAACGCUCAGAUGCGGCUUGCAGGCCUUUCACAAGCCCCAAGCAACCCUGUACUCGCUGUGCAGAUUAAUCAGGAUAAAAACUUUGCUUUCCUCGAGUUUCGGUCUGUAGAUGAGACGACCCAGGCCAUGGCUUUCGAUGGAAUCAUUUUCCAGGGUCAGUCGCUGAAGAUUAGAAGACCUCAUGACUAUCGGCCUUUACCUGGCAUCUCAGAGCAGCCGGCUUUCCACGUCCCAGGUUUGUUACUGACGGGCGUCGUCUCCACAGUCGUUCCCGAUUCCCCCCACAAACUGUUUAUAGGAGGCCUGCCAAACUACCUUAACGAUGACCAGGUAAAGGAGCUCUUGACAUCGUUCGGGCCUCUCAAAGCUUUCAAUUUAGUGAAGGACAGUGCCACGUCACUGUCCAAAGGUUACGCCUUUUGCGAAUAUGUAGACGUCAGCGCCACAGAUCAGGCAGUUGCUGGGCUUAAUGGGAUGCAACUGGGCGACAAAAAGCUGAUUGUCCAAAGGGCGAGUGUGGGAGCUAAAAACGCCAAUCCUACCUCCAUUAUAGAGACCCCGGUGAUGCUGCAGGUCCCUGGGCUCCAGAGGCUGCAGAACUCUGGGAUGCCCACGGAGGUGCUGUGCCUUCUCAACAUGGUGAUGCCCGAGGAACUGGUGGACGACGAGGACUACGAGGAGAUCCUGGAAGACAUCCGCGAGGAGUGCUGCAAGUACGGCAGCGUCCGCUCCAUCGAGAUCCCCCGACCCGUUGACGGCGUGGAAGUCCCCGGAUGCGGAAAGAUCUUUGUGGAGUACGUUUCUGCUGCAGACUGUCAGAAAGCCAUGCAAGCUCUCACCGGCCGCAAGUUUGCCAACAGAGUGGUGGUCACCAAAUACUACGAUCCAGACAUGUAUCACAGACACGAGUUUUGAAAGCACAGAUGAAUCUCGACGGGAGCCUCUCCUUCUUCCUCUCUGUUUGUGAGCUCGGGUUCAAAUGGUUUAUUUACUCCUCUGAAUGUUGUGAACGUGUCCUUAGAGACUAGACCUGGAAAAAGACUUGUUUUAUCACAUCUUCCACUUAAACUGGACUGCAGUGUGUGUGUGUGUUUCUUCAGUACAGAAUAUCUAACUCCCAGCUUCAGCCUAAUACUCGCACAGUAAUCUUAUCUCAUUCUGAAUUUUGAAAAAAUACCGUAGUGUUCAUUACAUUUGUAGUAGGAUGAAUGUGACAUGUAUCUUACCUAAACCCUAAACUAAUACUGCCUGACAAUGCCAGAGUAGCUGUCUUAUCAAGUAUGCACUAUAUCAGAAGAAACAACAGUCAAAUGUUUAGAUUUCCCUACGCACAAACAUUUAUCUCUCUGUUUUAGAUCUAGAUUUGAGAAGUCAUCACGUUGUUUGUGUGGCUAUGCCAGACAAAAAGCUUUUAUUUAUGUAUUUAAUUAUUUUUUCAAAAUAAUAUUUUCUUCUAUACCUCGCAUAUUUAAUGUCCCUUAAACAAAUAUGAUGCUUUUACCUGUACUACACUGACCAAACAUUUUUUUUGACUAAGGUGAAAUUAAUCAUUUUGUCAUUUUGUAAAUAUGAAACAUUAAUGUCUAAAGAUAAGAAAUAUAUUAAAUUGGCCAAGCAUACUGGAAAUUACUUGAAUUAUAACGUAAUCAGAGUUGACUUGUCUUGGUUGAAAAAUGUUUAAUCAAACCAAAGCCAGAAGAGCAAACAAGUAAAGAGCUGAUUAAAAUGUGUUUAUUAGCUCUAAUGUAGGCUGCAAAUGUUAGCAUGUCUUGCUAACUGAGUGUACCUCCAAAGCCAAGGAGUCUUAUUCACUACCACUUGGAAUAUUCUUCAAUAAAACUUCAAGUUGACCUCUUUA